AUGCUUGCUUUGGCCGAGAGAUGGGAGGAAAAGAGGAGAGCGGGGGCGGAGGCGCUAAAGGGAGCAGGAGGGUGGAUGGAGGAGCAUGGAUGGAGGAGCAUGGAUGGAGGAGCAUGGAUGGAGGAGCAUGGAUGGAGGAGCAUGGAUGGAGGAGCAUGGAUGGAGGAGCAUGGAUGGAGGAGCAUGGAUGGAGGAGCAUGGAUGGAGGAGCAUGGAUGGAGGAGCAUGGAUGGAGGAGCAUGGAUGGAGGAGCAUGGAUGGAGGAGCAUGGAUGGAGGAGCAUGGAUGGAGGAGCAUGGAUGGAGGAGCAUGGAUGGAGGAGCAUGGAUGGAGGAGCAUGGAUGGAGGAGCAUGGAUGGAGGAGCGCGAGAGGAAGUGCAAGGCGAGGAAUCUAGAAUGGAUGGGAUGGGGGUGAAGCUGCAGCGAUUCUUGAGGCGCCUCAAAAAGCACCUCUAUGCUUUAGGAUGGAUGCGGGUGAAGCUGCAGCAGGAGAGGCUGUGA